AUAUUUUUGUAGUAAAGGUCGUUUUAUUUGUUUAAACUGUACCCCGCCAGAUUAGCAACAUCGACCGUAACCUGCUGAGUUUUAUUCAGAAAGCACAACCGGAAACGCGAAGGCAGCCUUUUUUUUUGAACGAGUCUGCUGGUCUUGUAUGAUUUAUUUUAGUGGACCAAACAAGUCGAAUAAAGAGAAAUGGAUGCCAAAUAUUUUAAAAGAAAACGCGGUUCUGCUACAUUUUAAACAACCUUCAUUAUUAUAAGAAAUAUAUUUUUAACAGUAUCCGAGUCGAGUUCCAACAAGUGGCGGAUAUGUCGACAAAGAAGUUAGCCAAAGAAUUGGGACUGCUGAGGCAGCGCAGUCAAACCUCCAUUGGCUUGAAAAAGACUCUGUUGUCAAAUCAAGUGUUUUCAUAUCUGAUCGUCAUUGACUUUGAGUCCACUUGCUGGAGAGAGAAAAAGAACUCCACUCAAGAAAUAAUUGAGUUCCCCGCUGUUCUUCUAAAUACAUCCACGGGGGAGAUUGAGUCUGAGUUCCACACUUAUGUUCAACCUCAGGAGCAUCCAAUACUGUCAACCUUCUGCACUGAGCUCACCGGCAUUACACAGAUGCAAGUUGAAGCGGGGGUCCCCCUCCAGAUCUGUCUGUCUCAGUUCAACCGCUGGCUGCACAAGCUGCGGCUGGAGAAAGGGGUGGUCUUUCCCGCCCGGCAACAGAGCUCUUCCACUCCUCCGCCUUCCCAAAAGCUCUGCGCUUUCCUCACGUGGUCGGACUGGGAUCUCGGGGUGUGUUUGCACUACGAGUGUAAACGCAAGCAGAUCCACAAGCCAGAUGUGGUCAACAGCUGGAUCGACCUGAGGAGCACAUACAGGAUUUUUUACAGCAGGAAGCCCAAAGGGUUGAACGGAGCGCUACAAGAUCUGGGAAUCCAGUUCUGUGGGAGAGAACAUUCCGGCGUGGACGACGCUCGCAACACCGCUCACCUGACAGCGAGGAUGAUGAGGGACGGCUGCGUGAUGAAGCUCACUAGACGCUUAGAGAGGACGCCAUCAGGGCUAAGAAACAAAACGGAAGCAAACAGGCCAACAUUCUCCACUGUGUCUGUUGCAAACACCACUAAAGUCCUAAAUCCAGAGGACAAGUCCAGCCCUAAGGUGUCAGUCCCGGUCUGUCAGAGUCUGGUGUCACCAAAGACUCUCCUCAACGAUACGACGUCACCUCCCUGGGCUCCCCGGAGUAGCAGGACGAGGUGCAGCACAGCAGCUCACGUCUCCUCCCCACACUUGAACACCAGCCUGCUUCUGUGCUCCACGGUCCUCGGAGGCCUCCAGCAGCACCAGGAUACAAGACCCGGACCUGGACUCGCAGGACGGGACGAGGAGCACGUGGAGGAGUUGGCGGCGGAAGACGAAGACAGGUGCGGGUCCUACGACGAGGUGGCGCUGGAUGACGUCGGCGUGGACUCCUCGGAGGAGGGGACAUUGGAACUUGUCUCGGACUAUGACAGCGGGUGUUACGUGUGGGGGGAACCUGAACAACCCCCCACUGAUCCAGUCCCUUUAGGAGAAGAUGCAGGACAUGUCUCUGGUGGACCACAUGCUGACUUUGCAGUUCCUCAGGCGCUUCCUAAACAUCAUAUCCAUCAAGUUCCAGCAUGGACUAAAACCAUGAAGACCCCCUCCCUUUUUAUGUCCAAGACCUUCAUCCCAGAGAGGACGUCCACCCCUAUUGCCGCCAUUUUCCGUCCCAAAAAAGGCAUGUCCUUCACUGUUCUCGCCGACCCCGUGACGAGGGUUGCGGCUUCCGCCUCCCGCAACGUCGCCAAGACCGUCCUCUCCUCGCUAUCCGUUAACGUCCCCCGCGGGGGGAAGAUGACGUCGCCGCUGUGCGACUGCGGCCGCCGCUCGAAGCGUCUGCGGGUGUCCAACGGCGGUCCCAACCAAGGCCGGGGCUUCUACUGCUGCGCCGUGCGGCGGUCGGCCCAGAAGGGCUGCGAGUUCUUCAAGUGGGAGGCGGCCACGUCCGUCUCGCUCCGUCACGCCGACAAAACGCUCGGCCCGCGUUUACCUCAGAGGAAGAGCUGCUAGCUUGAGUUCAUGUGAGGGGCUCGCUCUUGUUGCUAGGCAGAUUUCGGAAUGUGAGAUAGUCACAAAGCCAAGAAAGAACAGGGAGAGCAGGCAUGAGUUUACACAUUUUUAGCGACUUGUCCAGGGUGUACCACGCCUACUGCCCGAAUGCAGCUGAGAUAGGCUCCAGCACCCCCCGCGAUCCCGAAAAGGACAAGCGGUAGAAAAUUAAUGGAUGGACUUGACAAAAAACACAAGAAUGAUGAAUUUACUUCUUUUAAACACACAUUGUUUUUAACAGAUUAUCUUUGAGCACAGUGCCAUCUGCUGGAUCAGGUCAUGCACUGCAGAAUCAUCACUUUUUACUCAUGAAAAGAAACACAAAGGCAUUUUAAUUAGUACAGCAAUUUUAUUAAUUAUAGCUAUUGUUAAAACUCCCCGGGGGUGUCCGUACCUGAUAUUGAUAUCGCCAUAUCGGUCCCAUAUCAGCAAACGAAAAAUGUCGGAUUAUAUUAAAAGUUAAAGUUUCAAAGAUAGUCUCACACACACACUAGGUGUGGUGAAAUUACCCUCUGCAUUUGACCCAUCCCCAUGUUCACCCCCUGGGAGGUGAGGGGAGCAGUGAGCAGCAGCGGUGGCAGCGCUCGGGAAUCAUUUUUGGUGAUAUAACCCCCAAUUCCAACCCUUGAUGCUGAGUGUCAAGCAGGGAGGUAAUGGGUCCCAUUUUUACAGUUUUUGGUAUGACUCAUGACCUACCGAUCUCAGGGCGAACACUCUAACCACUAGACAGUGUCGCAUACUGAAAUGUGUGAUUAAAUAACCGAAUGAUUGUCUUUUAUUAUAUGCAAUUGUUUGAGCAUAACACAGUUAAUGCAAAACAAGUCAUUUUGCAUUUUACCUCCAAAAACCUCCCUUAUUGCCUUAGUUUGUAAAGAAAAUGUAAAUAUGCAAUGUAAACAUAGAUAUUUGUGAAAGUUGUUAGAAUAAUUAUGUAUAUAUUAUCAUCAUAACUUUAUGCUUAAGGGCCGUUGAUAUAAAUUAUUGUCAAUUGUGCUGAAGUGGUACUUUUGUAUCUGUGCAAAGCUGGCAGUCCAAAAGAUUGCCAGCUGUCUUUAUCAGUGUUGUGUCCAGACUCGGCCUGCUGACGGCCAAGGCCGAACACCGCCGUGACGCAGACAGAGCAGAGACAAGGCGAUAUGACCUGCGUCAACUAAUUUUCAUUUAUUGUAUAAUCAUAUAUUGUGCCUAACUGGAGUUGUCGAGGUUACUCCCUUCCCUCAGUGACAGCUUCAGUGAUGUAACAGGGACCUUCCAAAUAAAUAGAGGAGGCACAUGGGCUGGACUUUUAGAAUGUUGUUUGGAUCUGUAACUAGAAUACAGCCCAAAACAUGUGUCUCCUCAUUGAGCCAAAUUGAA